AUGGCGGAAAUGCUGAAGCAGGCUCGUAGCUUCAACGCCGCCAACGGCCUGGAAGAGAUGAGCAUCGACGGCGCCCUGGCCCAAAACUCGUCUGCGCCCGCACGGGUGGAGGAAAGACCGUCUUUGCCUCCCUAUGAGCCAUCAUCGGAGCGUCCACAACAGCAAACGCUGCCGCCAAGCUGGAGCUUGAAGGUUGAAACUGGCGUGCCUCCCCCAGCCCAUCACUCCUCAGCCCUCUCCGAUAUACACGACCAGCUGGAUUUGCCUCCCCAGCGACGACGCUCGUGGGAUCGAAGAGAUGACCCGCUCGGUCUCUUGGUGCUUCACACACCACCGGAACGCACGGUCGACAUUGUGUUCAUCCAUGGCCUAGGCGGGUCGAGUCUGCAGAGCUGGUGCCGCGAUAGGGACCUGAACAAGCUGUGGCCCAAACUCUGGCUUCCUGACGACCUGCCAACUGCCCGCGUCCUCACGUUCGGAUACAACGCACAUUUCUCCUCCAAACAGGAGCAAGCGACAUCCACUAUCGGUGACUUUGCAAAUGACCUCCUGUUUCGGAUGAAGUACGGCGAGAACACCCCUGAGCGUCUGGGCCAGGUGCCCAUAAUCUUUGUUGCACACUCGAUGGGCGGCCUAGUGUUCAAGAAGGCCUUCGUGCAGGGGCACCUCAACCCGGAAUUCAACGAGAUCGUGUCCAUGAUCAAGGCCGUCUUGUUUUUGGCAACACCUCACCGAGGGACAGACCUCGCUGAGACGCUGAGCAAACUACUCUCCACCUCUUUCUUCGGCCAUUCACUAAAGAAGUACGUGACGGAGCUGGCCCGGAGAAGCCCCACGAUCGACGAGCUCAAUGAGGCCUUCCGGCAUCGUGCCUCGAAGCUACAGAUAUUUUCCUUCUACGAAACCAUGACCACUACCGCCGGUCCCAUGUCGCUGAUGAUUGUCGACAAGUCCACUGCUGUCAUGGGCUACCCGAACGAGACCCCAGCACCACUGGCCGCCAAUCAUCACGACGUAUGCAAGUUUACGAGCGCGAGUGAUCCCAAUUAUGCCUCGGUCGUUGGGGCUCUCCGCAGCCUCGCCAGCUCCAUCUUGGCCGGUCCGCCGGAAGAAGAUCUCGCUCUGGGGCGUUCUGCGGUGAAGGAGGGUACCUGUGAGGGCUUUCUGGCGAGCGAAGAGGUGGACAGCUGGCUCCAUUCAACGUCACAGCGGGUUCUCUGGGUGCAUGCUCAGCCCGGUGGCGGGAAGUCGACUCUCUGUUCCUUCGUGAUCCAACGACUCCUGGAUGACGGCCACCGUUGCGCCUACUUCUUCUUCAAAUUCGGCCAACGCGAUAAACAAUCAACGAGCAGUAUGCUGCGAUCUCUUGCGUACCAGACAGCCCACGAGUUACCAGCCUUUCGUCGAUCGCUGGUAGACCUAGCAAGGUCAGGGGUCCGUCUCUCCAAAGCCGACUCUGGAGUGGUGUGGGACAAAGUUUACUCAUCCAUGCCUGGCAAUCUCAGAACGGACAAAACCAUUUACUGGGUCAUUGAUGGACUUGAUGAGGCAGAAUCCAGCAGGCGGGUGGUUGAACUGCUAUCUCGCGCAGCUGAGUUGGAGAGUCAUCUCCACAUCCUCGUGUUCAGUCGGGCACUUCCCAGUAUCAACCAGGCGUUCCAGCUGGCAAGGAGAAAGAUCUCGAUUGCCGACAUGCCAUUGCCGGACAAUCAACAAGAUAUUCGCCUGAUGGUGGCCGAAGAGAUUGAAUACCUCCUUUCCGGUGAGGACUUCAAGGCCAAAGCUGUGGAUGAAAUCGUUGCUCGAUCUCAGGGCAACUUCCUCUGGGCCAGCCUUGUUACCAAGCAAGUGGUCAAGUGCCACCGAGAGGACGAGGUCAGGCGAGUUCUGGAGUCAACGCCGGACGGCAUGCACGGCCUUUACGAUCGUAUGAUGGACGCCAUCAAGAAUCUCGAGACCGACGAAGACAAAGCACUGGCUAAAAAGCUAUUGACAUGGGCUAUGUACUCCAAGACACCGGUUACUGUCGAGGAGCUGGCGGAAGUGUAUCCCGCAGAGCUCGGCUCCAUCAUGAACAUCAGUCACACCGCCAGCCAGGUGUGCGGCCAGUUUGUGGUGGUAAACCCAGAAGGUCGAGUAACGCUUGUUCAUCACUCCGCCCGAGAGUACCUAAGAAGGACCAACUGUGGGCCAUUCGCCCUGGACCCGGUAUACGCAAACGAAGAGAUCCUGAGCAAAUGUCUUGCGAUACUCUGCGACAAAGGCCUGAGACGGAAGCUUCAGAUGCUCAAAGUGCCCCAGUUCCUCCUUUACGCCUCUACGUCCUGGGCGGCACAUCUCGAGGAGAGCUCGCCGGAUUCGAAACAAAUCCUGGACGCGCUGGUCAGGUUCUUUAGCGGGCCGUAUCCGCUCGCUUGGAUCCAGUAUCUCGCCAUGAGUGGCCGUCUAUCGGAGCUCUUUGGCGCCUCCCGGAGACUCACUUCAUAUUCCCCAGCGCUGAUUUACCAAUGCAUCCCUGCGCUCAGUCCAGCCUCCUCCAUCAUUCAUCGGAAGUUCGGAGAGAACCCUGCCGCAACUCUGUCCGUUUCUGGGCUGUCGAACGCGGAGUGGGAUGACUGCCUCGCGCGUGUAUCCGGGGGCACCGGCAGAGCCCUUCUCGUUGCCGCCUCUCCGCUGUACCUGGCUGUAGUUGCCGACUGGUCGCUUGAAAUCUCAGCCGACAAUCCACGGCGAGAGCGAGCCAUCGAGUUUAAAUUCGAUGAGAAUGACUCUCUCAUGAUGGUCUCAGACUUGAGAAGAGUACACCGACUACACACCCGCCAUUCUGGGCAAGGACCAACAAUAUGGGAGCGGCUUGACCAGGGGUUGCUCAACGAACCGGGGGUUCCUAAAGGCGUGUUCCUCGGUACGCCAUCCUCCGUGGCAUUCAACAGCGACUGCACACAAAUUGCGGUCGCAUAUCGUUCGUUCCCCCUGUCCGUUUGGACCGUGGAGGCUCCCCGAAUGGUUGCGCGGCUCAUGAAGAAAACUAAGCACGGCCGGUCUCCCGUAAUCUCGUACACGGGCACCAACAAGAUUGUAUGGCACCCCUCCGGAACCUACAUCCUCGGCAUCUUCGGCCAGAUACUCAAGUGGAGUCCGGAAGACGACACGUAUGAGGAAGCCAAAAGAGUGACAGGCGUCGACCCUCACGAACUUGCGUGCAGCCCCGAUGGCCGCGUCUUUGUCACAUCGGAUGUCCAGGGUUACAUCAAGAUUUACGAUUUCUCAUCCAUGUCACUCAUUUACAAGCUGAGUUCCGAGGACCGCAUUGAGCAGAUCCUUUUUAGCCCGGAUAGCAACCGAUUCUAUGACCUUCGAGGGUCGUAUUGCAAUGUCUGGGAGCCAAACUGUCUUCUCAGGCUUGCCGAUGCGUCGCCUGAGCAGAUCAGCGACACCGACAGCGCCGCCGAAGACGACUUUUGGUCUGCCACGGGAGAGAGUCUCGGUACGCCUACAUCAUUCCCAGCCUCUGAGAGCCACGUGGAGAGCAAACCUGCGAUAAUGGCUGUCAGUUCUGGACGAGGACCCAACGGCUUAUUCGUUGCAACUGCCAACUCGGCUGGCUCAAUCAGCAUCUAUGAUGCUGUGGGUAGGAGGCAAUAUGAGAUCGCCAAGGCGAGGUUCGGGACGACUGCCAAUAUCCUCGCCUGGAGCCCGAAGUAUGACCGGCUUGCACAUGUUCUGUCUGGCGGAGCCACCUGUGUCAGGUCUGUAGGUGUUGACUACGCCAGCGGGAGGUUGUUGUCCACCGAGGUUGUGUACUCGGAGGAAUUGUCACCCACGAGCCGUGGGCUGACCCGUCAGCUCUUGUUCGAUGGUACAGGCGGCCGGCUAUUAGUGUGCGGCACGAAGGCCUGCCAAGUUCUCUCCUUGCCCGAUGGAGUGGUCUUGGCCGAACACCAGCUCCCGCAUGAUGAUGACAAACCUGAGGAGUUGAAAUGGCACCGACACAACACUGAGCCCCAACACGUCCUGUGCUUUUCAGCAAGCUCGGUGACAGUUUUCUCCUGGAACGACCUCAAGCCCCAGAUCUCCAUAUCGCUGGAGCUCUCGAAUCCCGACGCAAAGGAUGACGACCCCCUACCCGUCACUAUCGACGCCAUUCUCGACAGCUACAGCCCCCGCUUCUUACUCCUUCGUACCUUUACCAUGGUGUACAACCGCAGACAUUAUGGCUUCUGCGUGCUCCCGACCACACACAUCUGUGCUCGCACCCCGCCACCCUCGACGUCCACGUCGACGCCAACAGAGCAGGAUUCAUCUACAUCAUCCACAGCCAUCGAGAUCAAGCCCAUCCUGCUACCUCCGGCUCUGACAUCGACCGUUGCCCACGCGAUCGGCAUCCUCCCAGACGGCCGCCUCGUGUUCCUCGACCGCGCCCUGUGGGUCUGCACCACCGGGCUGUUGCUGCGCGACGGGGCCGUCUUGGUGCCCAGCAAGGGGGAGGUGGCGAUUAUGAGGGGGGACUUGGUGAUUGAUUUCUAG